ACACUUGAAGUGUUUUUAGCCCAAAUGUUAUUUUUGUUUAAUCUCUCUCUCGAAAUCCGAAAAUAUCAAAAUAAAUCUCACACGACUGGUACGUCCUUGCAAUAUAGUCAUGUUUCUAUGGCAACGGGUCAACAUUACCAUUGAGGUUCUUUGUCGCACUAAACAGACAGCUUUCUGGGUAAAUUGUUUGUAACCCUAUUUUUUGCUUGUUUUUUCAUCACCAAAAAUAUUUUUCUGUCCCAGCUGCAUCUGGACGAAGAAGAAAUGAACAAGACCGUGAUAAUUAUUGGAGAAAUGUAAACUUUGUAGAGUGAGACCUCUUCCACGUCAACUUUGAGAAGACAACAUCGAUACCGCACACGAGCUCCCUCCUCUCAGGUGGAUGAAAGCCUGUUUGGAAGAAACAUACAGAUCAUUACAUUCACCCUCGAAGGUAAAGGAUGCGCCAAUGCAGAAGCAGACAGGCAAGACUAUUCAAAUUGUCACCAAAGAUCUCAUACGCAAACUCAGGGUUCCAUGCAGGGAUCCCUCUGGACAGUCCAUUAUUCUACCAUCGGCUGACUUUGAGCAGAUCACUUCCAGGUCCAAGGUUCUCUCUCAGGAGGAGAGGGUAGCCUCGAUGGAGGCACAUAAGAAUAGGAAAGAGGCUGAAUUGCGGGCAGCCGAGGAAAGGAAGCGCCAGAUGUUAGAGGCCGACAUGUGCCGUCAGGAGAAGCAGGCUCUGAGUGAGGUGGAGCUGGAGGCUCACGAGCGAGCGCAGCAUCUGCUGGUGCGAGCCAAUGCCCUGAGAAUGGAGCAGGAGGAGGACAUUAGACAACUCAACAAGGCGAUUCUAGGUGCUCAGUGCCAAGCCACACGUGACGCCCAAAUCCAGGAGAAGAAACAGAUCCAGAUGGAGAUGCUGGAAGAGGAGAGGCGUCUGGAUGCCAUGAUGGAAGCGGAGCGCCGCAGACGUCUGGACAGGGUAGAGCAGAUUGAUGAGCUGCGCAAGCAAGAGAGGAUCAGUGGGAAACAACAAAUUUUCGAGCAGAUCCAGCAGCGUCAGGAGGAGAAGAUGGUGCAAGAGGAGCUGAAAGAGCAGGAAAAACAACAGACAAGAGAGAAGCAAGCCAGAAUGAACCUGGAGGACCUCAGGGCCCUGGAGAAGAAGAGGGAGGAACAAAAGCAUCUGCACCAGGAAGUCAUGCGGAUCAAUGCUGAGACGCUGAGGGCACAGGAGCUGAGGAGAGAAGAGGAGAAGCUGGCAGACAUGAGAGAAAUGGAAUACAUCAAAAACAAACUGCAACGAGAGGCGGAGUAUGAAGCGGAACAGAAGAGGUUGAAGAGGGAGAAGGAGUUAGAGAUUGCCCGACUGAGAGCUCAGCAGGAGAGAGCGAGAGACCACAAGGCUGAUCAGGAUGAGCUCCGUGCCAAGAGGAACCAAGAGAUUGCGGACAGAGAAUGGAGGAGGAAAGAAAAGGAGUUGGCUGCUAAGAAGGCUCAGGAGGAGGCCAUGCUUCGAGCUGCUCGCCUAGACCAGGUUCAGCGUAAGGAGCAGCUCCUGUCCAUGGAGGCCGGUCGGGAGAAGGCAGAGUUUGAGAGGGUUUUAAAAGUUCAACAGGAGGCGAACGCCAGACAGAAGGAAGUGGAUGAAAGGCAGCGUCAGAAAGCACUACGCCAAGCAGAGGCCAUCAGGCAGCAGGUGAAGGACUUGGAGCAAUUAAACGUUGCCAAGCGCAAGGAGACGUUAAAAGAAGCGGAUAAACUGAGCGAGGAGGCGCGGCAGCGACACAAGCGCAUCAAUGACCUCAAACAGAGGAAGCUGAAGGAGCUCAAGGCAACAGGGCUCAGUGACAAAUAUUGCAGUGAAGUCGAAAGGAAGACUUGGCUGCUUUGAUUCACUCAGAUUACAUCUACACACCAUCAACAAGCAAGCACAAUCUUCAAUGUGAUCCACAAAUAAACAUAUGGUAGCAUUUCUGAAUUCAUGGUGAUUGGUACAGUCCAAUUGUAGUGGUUCAUUAAUGGUUUCUUGUGUGCAUAACUAAAAAAAUGCAUGGUUGGAGAAGAACGUAAUUUGUCUCAACUGGGAUCUUCCAGUUGAUUUAUAUUUGUAAUAUAAAAAUUGUUCAACAAAACAGUCGGGUUCCAGUAAUGUGACAGAUUAAUAAAACAAAUAUUAAAAAAUAAUAGUCUGUUUUUUGAUUGACUCAUUUCAUUUGCUUGUAAUCUGACUUUCUGAUUGGCACUGAUGGCAGCAUCCACUGUAGCCAAUAGGGGUAUCUUGACACAGAAAUGUUUCUUUUGUUAAAAGAUAUGGAGGACCUAGAGAACAUAAAACCCUAAAAAUAAGUGAGGUAUUUCCCAACUUUAGGUAACUGAUUAAGUAUUAUAAACAGCAGUUAAAUAAGGGAACAAACACACAGUAGUUAAGAUCACAUCCCCAACAAUAACAAUAUAUUCUAAUUUCUAACACGGUUCACACAGUUGUAUUUUGCAAAUUGAACAAAAAAUGUUAAGUUGAAUUAUCUUAUUUUGUGUAAUUGA